AUGGCUCCUUCUCUAAGAAAACGAGGUAAUCCAAAGCUAAUUAAAAGACACGCACCCUAUCGUAAACUUAUAAUUCCGGCUGUUCAAUUUUGGAAUCCAGAAAAUAAAGCAAGUCAAGCAACAAGUAUACUCCGUAUCAUUAAUUGGAUACAGCGUUUUGGCAAUUGUGGCAAUGGACCUCAUUCCAAAUUCGGUCAAAAGUGUAUACGACGAGCUGUAUUUCAAAACGUUCGCUCUGGUUUAUUGAAACGAAGAAAAGGAUCUUUUCUUCUCGUGAAAAAAAAUCAGAUAUUAAAAUAA